AUGUUGCAACAACAACAAGCACACUCCAACACGUUCCAAAACAUUCUCAGCGAAAUGCUUCAAGCAUGUGCAAGUAACAAUGCUGAAGCAUUUCUCUCGAGUUUUAAACAACUUCAAAACUUGCAACAACAACCAACCACCGAGUUGGUAAUUGGAACCUCUUGUACAAACUCUGAUCCUUCUCCAGAUGCCUCUCCUCAAGUACAAUGUUCCACUUCAACAUUUGUCGCUUCCUCAACUUCAAACGAAAAUUCAAAAACUUGUCCAACACAAUCAACACCCAGGAAAAAGAAAUCCAACAAAAUUCCCAAACGAUAUACUCAAUUAAGAAAACAAUUACGAGAUUGUGAUCACUUUUCAGAAAAUUACUUUGUAUUCAAUUCGACGUUAACGAAUCCAUCCGAUGAUCAGAUUGCCUCUUCGAAGCAACAGAAAAGAAAUUCUUCGAUCAAGCGAUCGAAUAAGGUGACGACGGAAAAGGAUUCUUCGAUCGUGUCACGAAAAGAUGUGAAACAACGAAGACUUUCGAAAUCAAGUGAAUCAGAGUCUUCACUGCCCUCCUCUUCUGUAAAUUCAUCGAACUCAACUCCCUCGAGUCAGAACGAGCAACCCUCAAUUCCCAUGUAUAGUAUUAUCAAUAAUGAAUCACUUGCCACUUGUCAAACACCAAGUUUCGACGAACAAUUUCAACAAUUAGUGUCCUCAUGGAUGACCGUCCAACAAUAUACUUUCCAACAACAACAACAACAACCCUACUCCCAACCAACUGCCUCCAAUGACGAAUACAAUGCUCUCGACUCAACCCUGUUUCAGGUUGACUUUGAAAGUUUACCUCAAUCAGAGAAUUAUUGUACCUUUAAUUUAUUUACAGAAUCUUUCCUGUAG